AUGUUUAUGUUUAAAAUCUGUAACGACGCCGUGAAAUGCGUGUAUAUUAAUUUGCAGAUAUGCAUUGCCCUGGUUUUGGUGAUCGUGGAAGGAUCAUACUGUCUCCCAUCAACUUUUGAGGAAACCAAAAGCUCAAGCUGGGGAUACGAGUUCAACUUGAAUAACAGCAGGGGCUUCAGCGGCACGUAUGACAAAAAGAAUGGAUUAAGCAUCGAACCACUAGACAAUCAAAACAAUACCGGCUUUCAUAAAAAGUACACUGAAAAAACCGUGCAUGAUCAAUACUCUUCCAUUGAUGGCCAGAAACCAACAUACAAGCAUACUGUCAAUGAGUACGUUGAAAGAAAUAAUCUAGCUUCAACAGAUGGCGAUGGUCACAGAACUCCAAAUGGAGAUUUACCCGUUUAUAAUAAAACAGAUUCAACUACCCCAUCACCUUAUGGAUAUAAUGACCCAAGGCCUGCACCGCAAUCUGAAAACCCCGCCGCCAAAACUUCGCCUCUUGGAGGAGGGACCAUCAAACCAGUCGAUAACUCUCCCAAAUAUCAAGACACUUCAAAACAAGGUGCAACGGACACUUUCGAACAUCGUGUACAUGUAGAAAAUCGGCCAGAUAAAACAAAUGUAGCUACAUACAAUACACCUUACGGUUAUAAUGUACCGCCUUACCAACCACUUGGAGCCCCAGGUUACAACAACCCGAAUCCAAUGUAUGGUGUGGCGGGCAACCAAAUGUAUGUGUCUUGGCAGACGCCAAUGACUUCUGCUUAUGGGCAAUUUGGUUCAACUCAAGGGACAGGCUUUUCUGCUUUUAGCUCAGCCGUUCCCAUCUAUUACCCAACUGGUUUUGCUCGGCCACCAGCCUAUGGCCCAGCUGGUACUUUUAAUGGCCCAACCGGAUCUGCUUAUGGAGCCACUGGGUUUGCUUAUGCCCAAAGCGGCCUAGCCAGCAGUUCAUCGUGGUCCUCACAGAAGCCACAAAGCGGUCAAAUGUAUGGUCCAAGGUAUGGCCAAACUUUUAUGGAUAGGAGACCAAUGUAUGAUCAGCAACAACGCAACUAUUAA